AUGUCGAAGAACGGCGCUCGAAACUGCUUAGGUUCCAUGGAAGAUAUCCGUAAAGUAUUCCAGCGAUUCGACAAAAAUGGCGACGGGAAAAUCUCCAUCGAAGAGCUUAAAGACGUGAUCGGAGCACUGAGUCCGACGGCUUCGCCGGAAGAGACGAAAUCGAUGAUGAACGAGUUCGAUCUCGACGGUAACGGAUUCAUCGACAUGGAUGAGUUCGUCGCUCUAUUCCAAAUCGGAGGUAAACACGGAGACGAUAUCGCCGGAGAUGGAAACAAUAAUGAGAUCAGAGAUCUGAAGGAAGCGUUUGAUCUGUAUGAUCUAGAUGGUAACGGACGGAUCUCGGCGAAGGAGCUUCACUCGGUGAUGAAAAAUCUCGGCGAGAAGUGUUCGAUACAGGAUUGUAAGAGGAUGAUUAGCAAAGUUGAUGCUGAUGGUGAUGGUUGCGUUAAUUUUGAAGAGUUUAAGAAGAUGAUGGUUAACGGUGGAGCUUGA